GCAGACAUGGACAACCAAGGCGUGACUUAUGCGGAAUUCCAUCAUGCUAAGGGCUCAAAAAGACAGCAAGUGCAACCUAAGGGCAAGAAAAGUUCCAUUUCAGUAACUGAGGAGGAGAUAGCCUAUACAGAAUUGAAUCUUCAAAAUGCUUCUCAGGACUUUCAAGGGAAUGGCAAGAACUCUCCCUGCAAAGAGAAGCUCAUUGCUGGUAUCUUGGGAAUCCUCUGCCUCGUCUUGAUGUCCACUGUGGUAACAAUAGCUGUUAUUCCCGCUACUGAAGGACCAGCGCAGAACAAAACAUCCCUGGAAACGACAAUCCAGAAAGCGUGUCUCUGUUGUCAUUGUCUGAAAGAGUGGUUUAUGUAUUCCAACAAUUGCUAUUACAUUAGCACUGAGGGAAAAUUAUGGAAGGAGAGUUUGACAUCCUGUGCUUCUAAGAAUUCUAACCUGCUCUACUAUGAUGAUGAAGAGGACAAGUUUUUGUUGAAUUUACUCCGUGCUAGUACAUGGAUUAGAGGCUCCCAGAGAAGCCCUCAUAGUUCAUCUGUGCAGCCAAAAGCCUUAACUUUUUCUUCCGAAGUGUUGUCAGUAUCUUCAGAGGUUGACAAGAAUUGUCAAUAUAUCGAUUUUCGUACAAAAAAAAUUUAUUUUGCACCGUGCUCAUUAAGAAGACGAUAUGUUUGUAAGCACCAGGCAUUUUAGUUACCUCAUUUUGUUAUAAUGCUGUUUCACCAUUGAUAAGGAAUCCAUCACUCAUUACUUCAACAGCCAUACAAUUGUUUUCAUUGCAUAUUAGAAAAUAAUGUUUUUAGUGUAAGUUUAGAUUCAAACAAAACUAAGAGGAAGUUGCAGAGAACCCUCUAUUGCCCCUGUCUGCACAUGUGCAUGGGGUCUUCCAUUAUCACCAUCAUUCACUAGAAUGUUUCAUUUUUUAUCAAGGAUGAAUCCGUAUCAAUGGAUAUAUAUCACCCAAACUCCAACGUGUACCUGAGGCUUCAUUCUUUGUGGUAUAGAACUGUUUGUCAAAUUUAAUUAUAUUAAUGUAAAAAAUAUACACUGAGGUAUAUAUUAUUUGUUUCUUAAGCUUUUGCUAUUUAGUAACAUUAA